GCUCCGCCCACCCCUCCAGGUUGUCAUAGUGAUGCCGUAUCCACUGAGACUCCGGAUCCUAACAGCUGGAAGCUAAAAACAGGCGCCAUGGAGUACACAGGGAGCAAAUAUAUCGGGGAAUAUGUAGAUGGGAGACUGUGAGCCCCCGAGGACAGGGACUGCAUCUGCCUUGAUCACUGUUGAAUCUGUGUUGUAUUCAGCAAGUUGGACCAUCAGCAUAGUCCCUGACAAAAUGAUGGAGGGCAAAGCCAAGUACAUCCUCCCUACCGAAACAAUAUAUGUUGGGGAAAUGAAGGAUGGCAUGUUUCACGGCGAAGGAACCCUGUACCUCCCCAGUGGAAGCCAAUACGACGCCAUUUGGGAAAACGGAUUGGCCAUAAAGGGCACAUAUACCUUCGUAGAUGGGCUGCACUAUGAUGAGAAGAACUGGCAUUACUGCGACGGCUAUGAUCGGAGGUUUUACACAGAGAUCCUCAAUGGCUUGAAGCCUGCAGGUAUGGCUCAACUCACCAAUAUGGACCCACCUAGAAAAAUCCCCAGGGGCUAUUACGAUUGUGCAGAUGGCUUCUAUAACCCAGUCACGAGGGUAGUCAAGGGCUAUAGGAACCGCUUUCUAAGAAACACAGGUAGGUUUCUUCCGACACUGCAGCACGUUUUCUCUUCACCCACAUAUAAGUAUGUGCAUCUGUAUGUACAAAUGUAUGCACACACUUGACAAGAAAGAAGCUUUUGCUGAUAGAAGAUGAAAGUUGAUUACCUGGAUGUUUUAUUUUUUGGACUUCUCGUGGCUGGCAAAUCUGUACAUAGUCCUAGAGUGAGGUAAAAGGACAUUCGUGGUCUAGCUGUGACGGCACAUAAAUGUCGCACUGAAAGGAUUAAGGUA